ACAAAGCAAAAGCGUGCCUCUCUCUCUCUCUCGUUCUUUCUGCGUGUCCUUACUUGUCUUCUUCUUCGAAAAUUCUAGCUCCAAAGGUAAACCGCAGACUCUAACUGGUUCUAACACAUUCUCACUGAUUCUCAACCUUUCUCACCAUUUCUCAUCGUUUUCGUGCAGAAAAUCACCAUGAAAGGUGGCAAGUCUAAGGCUGAUACCGUAAAAACUGAGAUCAUGCUGAAGAGUAAAGGUGCUGGAACGGGCAAGAGACAAUCGAAGAAAGGUGCAAAAGAUCCAAAUAAGCCGAAGAGACCUGCAAGUGCUUUCUUCGUUUUCAUGGAGGACUUUCGGAAACAAUACGCAAUAGAGCAUCCCAACAGCAAGGCUAUGUCGGCGGUGGGUAAAGUUGGAGGGCAGAAGUGGAAGUCAAUGUCUGAAGCUGAGAAAGCUCUUUAUGUAGACAAGGCAGAGAAGAGGAAGUCAGAGUACAACAAGAACAUGCAGGCUUACAACAAGAAAUUGGCCAGAGGAGGAAAUGGACCGGAUGAGGAAGAAUCUGACAAGUCCAAGUCUGAAGUGAAUGAUGAAGAGUUUAGUUCUUGGGCUUUGGGCCCUGGCGUGUAAAUUCUAGAGCAACACCGGCCCUGGAUGUGUUGGGCUGGCUUCUUGAUGACAUGGAAAAGUUGCGUGUUAUGUGUUGUUGUUCGAUUUUUUGACCAGAUACCGGAGAGCAGUGACAGUCGGUAUUCGAAACCUGAUAUGGUCCACAUUUUGGGAUUUUGCUUAAUUUUUGUCACACUUGACAAUGGAGUUCGGUAGGACCAAAAAUUUAUGUUGUCCUAUCAAUAAUUUAGAUGAGUUUAGUUUUUUUUUUUUUUUUUUUUUUUAAUUUUUAUGAGAAGUUAAAAACGCAAUAAAUCUUAUGAAUAAUUGAUUUGAAGUGGAUUGAGAUACUUUAACAACUAGACGACCUUAAAUUUUGUUAACCAGUUGUGUACUCCUGAGUCACUGCCCGCAAAUCAAGUUUCACCAAAGGCAAGUUAGCAAAGAUCG